AUGACCAGCCAGGCGUACGAGGACAAGCGGUGCGUAACAAACAAGAACGCGGGAGGCAAGAAACUUCUGGGUAAAGUGGAUGAGGGAUGCGCGUCGGCUUCGGUGGAGGUAAAAGGGGCGCAGCGAAACGCCAGUGGAACUAGGGAUGUUGGGGAGCACUGGAGCGAAGGCAAGUUGAACAAAAACAUAAGUGUGGCGCAGAAGUAUGGGGAUAAGAAGCUGCCAAACGCGCUCAUAGUCGGAGUGAAGAAAGGCGGUACGAGAGCGGUCCUGGAGUUUAUCCGGAUCCAUCCUGAUGUGCGGGCGCUGGGGACAGAGCCACACUUCUUUGACCGCAACUACGACCGAGGACUGGACUGGUACAGAAACCUGAUGCCACGGACUCUCGACAGCCAGGUCACGCUAGAAAAAACUCCCAGCUACUUCGUCACCAGAGAAGCCCCGAGGAGAAUCUCCAGCAUGUCCCACAAGACCAAGCUGAUCGUGGUAGUCCGCAACCCUGUGACCAGAGCCAUCUCGGAUUACACCCAAACCCUCUCCAAAAAACCCAACCUCCCCACGUUUGAAGAGCUGGCCUUCAAAAACAAGAGCUUGGGAAUCGUGGACACAACCUGGAACGCCAUACGAAUCGGGAUGUACAUUAUCCACUUGGAAAACUGGCUGCAGUAUUUCCGUCCCUCCCAGAUGCACUUUGUGAGCGGGGAGCGCCUCAUCACCGAUCCGGCGGGAGAAAUGGGGCGCGUCCAGGACUUUUUGGGACUGAAAAGAAUCAUUUCGGACAAGCACUUCUACUUUAAUCGCACCAAAGGAUUCCCGUGUCUUCAGAAGCCGGAGAGUAGCAGCCAGCCCCGGUGUCUGGGAAAGUCCAAGGGCAGGACUCACGUUCAGAUAGACGGGGACGUGAUCGAGCAACUGCGGGACUUUUACAGACCGUUUAAUAUCAAGUUUUAUGAAACCGUGGGAAAAGAUUUCAAAUGGGAUUAA